UCAAUCAAUCAGUAAAAUAAAGUGAAAACUAGCGAAUGUCAGGUCAUUCAGUUUUUGUUGUUCCAUUUAACUAACAUGGACAGUUUCCUUUCCUUGAAUUAUUCAUAUAUGUAAUGGCCUCGUCAAUACAAAAUAAUAGGGUAUCAGCGUCAGGAUAUUGUGUGUGUUGCAGAGUCUGCAAUAUGUGGUGUUGGAGGGCCUUCAAGUGGCUCCCAGUGUUAUUAAUAGUGUCCAUUGUGACAUGGUCAUACUAUGCCUACGUUUUUCAGCUGUGCAUCGUUACUAUCGACAGUACAGCCCAGCAAUGUGUAUAUAUGGUACUGUAUCAUAUACUGUUGAUAAUGUUUGCCUGGUCAUACUGGCGAACAAUUUUUGCUGAUAUCAGACCCAUACCAGACAAGUAUAAAUUACCAGAUGAAGAAUUGGAGAAGUUAUUGAGUGCAGACUCAGAAGAUGCUCAAAGAACAAUUUUGGAGAAUUUUGCUAAAGAUCUCCCUAUAGUUACUAGAACAUUAUCGGGCUCAGUUCGGUACUGCAACCGAUGUGUUGUAGUGAAGCCUGACCGCGCUCACCACUGUAGCAUCUGCUCCCGUUGUGUCCUCAAAAUGGACCACCACUGCCCCUGGGUGAACAACUGUGUCUGCUUCCAUAACUACAAGUUUUUCAUGCUCUUCCUUGGCUACGCUCUCUUAUACUGCCUCUUCAUUAUGUCCACGUGUCUGCCUUACUUCAUUAAAUUUUGGAAGGGUGACUUCAGUACUACGGCGAGUGCGGGCCGGUACCACAUCGUGUUCGCUUUCUUCGUGUCGCUCAUGUUUGCGAUAUCGUUGGGAUCGCUGUUUGGGUACCACUGUUAUCUCGUCGCAAACAACAGAACUACUUUAGAAGCGUUCCGAGCGCCGAUGUUCCGCAGCGGCGCCGACAAGAACGGCUUCUCUAUGGGGGCCUACAAUAACUUCAAAGAAGUGUUCGGAAUUAGUCCGAACCUAUGGAUGCUGCCAGUGUUCACAAGCUUUGGAGACGGCAUCGUGUAUCCUCUGCCCCAACAAGACGAAGAUACGGAAUCGUUGCUAAGCUCGGAGAGAUGGGAUCGCUGGGGCGAACGUUCUAGACCCUUCGACGAAAGAGGGAGCUCAUCAUACGACGAACUAUGAGUUUAAACACCUCCACCCGAGUGCUUGGUGCAGGCUUCGCCAAUUAAGACAUUUGUUUCUCGCUAUGAAAUACAUUUAAUUAACUUAUUGAGUACUCGUUAAGCCUUUGGUUCUUGGGUUGGAAUUAUGAAAUUUGGAUUUUUUUGUUCGUAGUCGUUUUUAUAGCAAAUUGUUUAUUCUGAUUUCAUGAUACAUUUAUGUAUUAUAUCUACAAAUAUGUACGGUAUAUUAUUUUGUAUGAUUAUCUGUUUUAUAACACUUCAUUUUCACCAUACAUACAUAUCAUUUGCAACAAUAUAAAUUUGUAUAUUUUUUUUAUAAACAUCUUGUAACGACUCUAUGUAUUGUAUUUUCAAAACAGUUGCGAUAAGUACAUGUAAAAUCAUAUACACUACAAAACGUACUCUAAUCGCAAUUUGUUCCACAUGUGUAUUGAACAAUUAUACAAAUUUAUGUUUUUGUCAUUUACCUUUUUUGUAAAUAAUAAUAAUAAUGUAAUAAAAAAAUAACUACAUACUUGACAAAAUUCGAUACAAUUUCUACAUCUCAAUUAAUAAACAAAGUUACUAAUAAUAUUUAAAUAAAACCUAUAUUAUUAUAACGAGCUGUGUAUACAUGUAUAAUUUACCAUACGUAUUUACAUUCUAAUUUUUAUAGAACACAACAAAAUUAUGAAAUCAGUUGAAUAGUCCUUAUUACCUGGGCAUUACGGUGCUCAAUGUGUUGACAUUUACACAUCACAAUUAAAGUCUAUGAAUUUCGUGAAUGAAAUCUAGUUGAAUGUUUUUGUGUGAACUGUGUACUUAAUUGACGAGUACUAAUAGGGUAUAGUAGAACUAUUUCUGUGUUAAUUAUAAGCCUGCACAUUAUAAUGUGGCCGUAUAUGAAAGUGCCAUUGCAAUAUUACGGACAUGGUAUAUUGGUGCUGAAUGACUUCAUCCAAUCGCGGAUAUAGAUCAUCAUGUGUGAGAGAGUAUGUACAGUAAGCAACAACAUCCAUCAAGCGUUUACUUCAAUAUUUCUACAUUUAAUUAGUAAGUAGAUUAGACAUAAUAAAAAAAUGUACGGCUUUGAAAGAUGUGUAUUAUAUAUUUAUCUGUUUGACUGUACCUGGUAAUAAAUAAUUUG